AUGGCCUCCAACUCGCAGGCCCUCACGCGCAAGGCCGACAUGGAGCUCAUGCCGCCCCCACCGCCCACAAAGCGGAUCAAACGGCCGCCAAAGGUGCUUGACGAAGACACCUACACCGACGCCCUUUCCGAGAUCAUCGCGCGCGACUUCUUCCCGGGCCUCCUCGAGGCCAAGCACCAACAAGAAUACCUGUCCGCCCUGGCCUCCCACGACCCCUCCCGCAUCGCCGAAGCCUCCCGGCGCCUGACAGAAGUCAUGACGACCCCCCGCCUGCGCCGCGGCACCUCCUUCUCCACCCCACUACACACCCGCCCCUCCGACACGCCGCUCAAAAGCAACCCCAUGGCCCCCGCCUCCUCCUCGACCACCACAACAACAGCCCCAGAACCAUACGAAAAACACCUCUCCCUCGACGCCUUCCAGGCAAAAUACACCUCCGAGGACAACGCCUCCUUCAACACCCUCCUCGACGCCCAAAACGAAAAGAAGCGCAACGCCUACGCCUUCCUCUGGGCCGGCAACCGCAUCCCAGGCUUCCGCGCAACCGCAGAAGCAAAGCGCCUCAAAGCCCUCGCCGACACCGAGGCCGCAACCGGCGGGCCCCAAAAAUCAAUCGCAUGGAAAGACGACCGCAAGGCAGUUCCAAACACGUGGAAAGCCGCGCCAAGAAACACACUCAUGUUCGCCCCCGACGGGCCCGACUCCCCCCCUCCCCCUCCCACCGCUCAAACCAACGCAGAGGCAGCGCAGAAAGAACUACCCCCGAAAACGGUCGUCUAUGCAAACACGCGCAUGCCGCCGCCGCCGCUGCCAGCCCCGCCGCCGAGUCCGUCGUUCUCCGCCGUGCGCGACGCUAUUGCGGGGCGGCCCCGGCCGCUGGCGUCAGAGAGCGGCUUUGGCGGCGCCGACACGCCCCGUGUGAAUGGAUAUAGCUUCGUCAAGGACGCGCCGUCGCCGAGCCCCAGCGAGCUUGGUGCGCCGCCGCUGACGUGGGGGUCGAUUGCCGCGAUGACGGAGGGGGAAGGAGAGGGUGUGGGGAAGGGGGUGGCGCCGUUCAAGAUUGCGCCGACGCCGAGGAGGGAGCUGCUGCAUCAUCGCAUGGUGGAUCGGGUGGCGAAGAAUAAGAGGCCGGUGGGGAGGGCGGUGACGCCGCGGAGGGAGGGGGGUGCGGGGGGGAGGGAGACACCGGGGGCGGGGGCGGGGUUGACGCCGGCGGGGCAGAGGUUGUGGAGUAGUUUGGCUGGACGGGGGGAGGGGUGGGCGGGGACGCCGAGGGUGGGGAGGGGGGUGGCGACGCCGUUGGUGAAGCGGAAGUAG